UUUUUUCCUAAAAAUGAAAUCUCAUGCUGAUAGGACAGAUUAUUUUACUGCCGGCUUGCAAUCAUUAUGUCAGUGAUUUUGCUUAGUUAAGUUGGCAGACUGGACCAGGUCCUAUGCGGUAUUUUCUAUUUGGCCGGCUUAUCUUUGUCUGGUAUAUAUGUUACUCUGCCGGCCUACUGUCAUCACAUCCAGUCCAUGACGCGUCCAAAUUUCUCCAAUUAGGGAAGCAAGGACGUGGUAUGCUACUUAAGAAGCGAGGUGAUACAUUCGCUACUUGCUACCUUCCAAUUCCACCAUUUGCCAAACUGCCAAUAGUGUGCUCCGGCACCAGCGGCGAUGGCCAAGAUCACAUCGACAACCACCUAUGCUCUUCUCAUCAUCUUCUUCGCUUGUUGCCUCCCUCCUACGGUUGUUCCCUUGUCCUUUGACUACCCAAGUUUCGGCUCAGAUGACCAGAGGGCUAUCAGAAUUGAAGGUGAUGCCUCCUUCAGCGUCGGCCGCGUCGAUAUUAGUGCGAACCAAGCAGGUAGGAUCCAUGGGAGCAAAGGUCGUGUGUCGUACAGCGCACAGCCCAUGGUGCUCUGGGAUGAGCAAACGGGCGAAGUGGCAAGCUUCAGCACACGCUUCUCCUUUGUCAUCAAGGCACAGAACAUCAGCAAAAAGGGGUGCGGCAUGGCAUUCUUCCUCGCAAGCUACCCGUCAAGCCUACCGACUGUGUCGUCGGCUUAUUACAACCUCGGCCUCACCAACCUAAGGGACGGCGCCAUAGCGACAGGUGACAGCCGGUUCGUGGCGGUGGAGUUCGAUACCCUCAGUGAGGCCCAGGUAUCAGACCCCAACAGAACUUUGGAUCACAUCGGCAUUGACGUGAACUCGUUAAUAUCGGCGAAUACCUCGGACUUACCGAGCUUCAGCCUCGACGGGACCAUGAACGCCACAAUCCAGUAUGACAACAUCUCAAGUAUCAUGGCUGUGACACUAUUGCUUGGUGAUGGUCGAAAUUCGAACUACAGCGUUAGCUCCAAGGUUGAUCUCAAGAAUGCAUUGCCUGCGGAAGUCUCUAUUGGUUUCUCGGCGUCGACGGCAGCAUCCAUUGAGCUGCAUCAGCUUCUUUCUUGGCACUUCAACUCGUCGCUGGAACUUAAGACGGCACCGGUGGUAGCACCGCCUGUACAAUCAGCAGCCUCCUCGGGAACCUCCAGUUCCGGAGGUAUAGCGGGAGCUGCCGCUGGGGCAUCACUUUUCCUUGUGGCGCUCUUCGCUGUUUCAGCCUUGCUGGUCCGUCGUCAUCGGAACAAGAAGAAGCAGGAAGCAGAGGGGAAGGAUAUGGACUCGGAAGGCGAGGUGGUCAUGGAGAUGGAGUUGGGGACGGGGCCAAAGAGGUUCCCGUAUCGACAACUCGUCAAUGCGACGAGGAACUUCGCAGCGGAGGAGAAGCUCGGGCAAGGUGGCUUCGGCGCAGUGUACAGAGGCCACCUGAGGGAGCUUGGCCUCUCGGUGGCCAUAAAGCGGUUCUCCAAGGACUCGUCUAUGCAAGGGAGAAAGGAGUACGCGUCGGAGAUCAACGUCAUCAGCCGUCUGCGCCACCGGAAUCUGGUGCAGCUCCUCGGCUGGUGCGACAACCAUGACGAGCUCCUGCUGGUCUACGAGCUCAUGCCCAACCGCAGCCUCGACAUCCAUCUCCACGGCAAGGGCACCUUCUUGACAUGGGCAAUGAGGAUGAAGAUUGUCCUCGAUGUUGGCUCUUCGCUGCUCUACCUCCACGAGGAAUGGGACCAGUGUGUGGUGCACCGCGACAUCAAGCCGAGCAACGUGAUGCUGGACGAGUCCUUCGGCGCCAAGCUAGGCGACUUCGGGCUCGCGAGGUUCAUCGACCACGCCGUCGGGCUGAAGACGAUGACCGUGGUAUCGGGGACGCCGGGCUACGUGGACCCGCAGUGCCUGAUCACCGGCCGUGCCAGCUCCGAGUCGGACAUAUACAGCUUCGGCGUGGUCCUGCUGGAGGUGGCGUGCGGGACGAAGCCGAUGAGCACGCUGGACAAGAAGAGAGGCGUCUUCCGGCUGGCGGAGUGGGUCUGGGACCUUUACGGCCAGGGAGGCGUUCUCGAAGCAGUCGACCAACGGCUGGACGGCCACUACGACAAAGCGGAGGCGGAGCGCGUGAUGGUCGUCGGGCUAUGGUGCGCGCACCCGGACCCGACCGCACGGCCAUCCAUCAGAACGGCCAUGGCCACGCUGCACUCGAAGGAUGCCAAGCAGCUGCCCCUGCUGCCGUCCAAGAUGCCCGUGCCGACCUAUGCGCCGCCAAUGGCCCCGUGGGACGGGCAGUCGUCGUCGUCUUCUGCAGGGAUGUCGACGUCCACCGUGACGCGAUCAUCAACGACGAGCGGCUUCACGGGGCCACAGCCAGUCGUGAUGCCCAGGGCCUGAGCACCGGCUUGGGCCAUGUCGAGAUCGUCGGGGCUUUCGGCUGGUCAGGUUCUUCUUGGAUCUUCACGUCCAGAUAGCCCUGCUAGAGGCCAGCAGCGGCAACUACUAUGAUGGAGAACAGAUGGACUGAUUGUUUUGCUCUGCAACAUUAAUAUUUGCGUUAGGAUGAUUCUCUUUUUUGGUGGCCAUGUUCCUGGGAUGGAUGUCUGAAAUGUCCCCCUCUUUGUGUUAUAUUAUACUGACUGAAGAAAAUAUAUGACUCUUCCUUUGUUCAUGGCUUAA